AUGGACCCGUUGUCUCUAGUGGCAGAACACUGCGCAAACUCUGGACACACGUUCGCCUUCCAGAAUGCUGAAAUCCUGGGCCGGGGAAAUGACCGCAUCACGAGGGAAACAAUCGAGGCCUGGCACACUGGCGCGAACUCCAUCAACCGCAGCGUAGCGCUUCCUGAGGCUUACCAGGCCCUCCAGACGCAGCUUAGUGAACAGAAGAGCAGAGUCAGGCUGCGACAAGACAGAAACCCAAGUACGGCCGAGUCCAUGGGGGCCACACGCGCAGCUGUACUUCAACCCGAAUCUGACGAAGGUGCGAUCGUCACAACAGCCGCGUCGUCCACUUAUGUGGCAGGUGUGAGGACGAACGAUCGCAGUAACGCCAACGGACCUGAUGAAGGUGCUAUCAUCACUGCCACUCAUGCGGCAGGUGAGAACACAAGUGACUGCAGGGUGACAAAGAAGAUUGCCAGCCUAGGACGAGAGCUAAGGUCAAUGCAAACACGUGCGAUGACAGCUAGCGUCCAAACGACACCCCCCGAAUAGACGCAAACCCGUUGUAAAAAGAUCGUCACCGCCUAUAAAUACUGUGAGGCGUGGUACAAAACUCACCUCCGACGAUGAAAUCUUGUUUGAUUUUGAAACGUCAGGGCAAUAUAACUAUGGUUCCCGAGAUCGCUUCUUCUUCUUAUUUAUGUCCGGGGACGCGCAUCUUCGCUUCUAUCACCAUAUAUAUAUGUAUGUUUUCUCAUUCGUCCCUCCUUGGUGCUAUAUAUAAUCUUAUCUGCUGUUAAAGGCACUCUCAUCGAUUGUUUCUACGUAGCUCACUCUUCCCUUUGUGCUUUAUACAUACAUGCAGUAUGUGGGCUGACUCAUGAAUUGUCAACCGAACUUCGGACAUGCCUUUUCGUUUCUUAAAUAUUAAGUAAGAAUAGUUGUAUAAAUAAACAUCAUGCAGCGUAAUUUUAUAAUAAUUAAGUAACUUUAACUUUUGCGCUUCCGCGCCAACUUUUUUCGGCCGCAUGCAAGCGUUACACUAUGUGGAAAAUUGUGACUUAAGUAGCCUGCCUCGUUAUUGAUUUUUAAUUAUAUUUUAUGGAAAUCUUCCAUAAAAAUACUUAUUUUUUGCUCAUUCGGUAGAAAAUGACUCUUUUUUGUAUUUUAUUUUCAAAGGUAAGUUAUAAUGCUGAUUUUAAAUACUUUUAUAAUUCCAGAAUAAGUUUGAACCCGACCUGCCAUUACACUUGCAUGCAUGGUUCCCCAACUAUAAGCCGUACUUUUUCCGCGUACGGAAUACCAUACAUUUCUCUACGGUAUGAAAUUUAGUAGUGCAUUAGAGCCAUAUUGUUAACUUUACAAGCCACAGAGGUAAAUGCUGAGCCAUGACGUUUUAUGAACGGUCACUGCACGAUAUCAAACAAUCCUACAUUUGGAAACUUUUUUAAAACCGAAUUAUACCCUUCCUUUAGGUAUAAAAUUGGAACAAGACGUCACGUUCUACUGAAUAAGCAAAAAUUACUAUUUUUAUGCAUAUUUUACAUAAAAUAUAAUUGAUUUUUUAAAGACAUCAAAAGUCGGCAAGAAAAAUGAAUGUUGUUUAAGCAGUCAUAUUUUACAGAGUACAGUUUUGCAGGCGACCGAAAAGCAGUUCAAAAGCCGGCAUUCUGAGAUAACUGAAUCAUUGUAGAGCUAUGCUGCACGAUGCCUAGCUUUACAACCCUACUUCAUUAAUAUUUUCGAGACAAAAACAAAUUUCGAAAUUUCCGUUGACAUUUUAGGAGUUAGCCCACCUACUGUAUAUAUAAAGGGAAUGUUGAUGCAGCAUGGCAGGCAAAGGACUCGUUUACUUAUCUGGGACUGCCAUUUGCGGCUGCAAAAACACCGCUGAGUCUCGAGAGAGAUAAUUCCAAACUGUUCAGAGGUUAUUGGGGAUAAACCUGCAACACUGCUGGCGCGAGACAAGAAACUGUGAUCUUAGUGGGAUAGAGGAUUGAGAUGCAAAUUUCGAAGAUUAAACAUUGAAACGCAAAAUCACAAAGAAACAUUGGUUCGCAGUGCUUUCGCCAAAGACCUGGCCGGUGCAGUUUCAAGUGGUAAACUUGCAGCGGGCUUUGACGCCGAAGUCGCCGAUCCCGUUCAUUUUUUGUCUUUCCACGAGUCGGUCUUCAAACACUCCUGAGGAGCCAAUCUGUACAAAGCAUCUAAUCCAACACCAAGUGACAUCCUUGCUGUCGACGCGCAAAGCACGUGCGGCAAUUUCAAGAGCGAGACGAGAUGCCCUCGAGACACCGAAGGUGAACUGGAGCAUUGUAGUACUCCCAACUGACAAAUGACGCUCCGCAGCAGCACUCGACACAUAUGAAUACCUUUGGAAGGCAACCGCCCUGCUCGAUAACUGUCUUGCGUACCUCGGAUACGAUUGAGAUCGCACGAAGAUGCUGGUUUCCCGAGUUAACACGACGUUUGCUAGACUGCAGAAUAACGGUCCAUCUUUAAAGGAGAACGACUGACUAGUAAAUCAAUAGAUUGGCCAUGGCGAAAUACUAUGGACUGCCUCAAAUACCCAAGCCUGUUGCUCCACUUCGGCCUAUCUUAUCUUUUCACGGAACUCCCAUAUUCAACCUAUUCAAAUGGCUAUUCCGACGUCUAAGAUGUCUCACAUCAGGCUCCGACGUAACGUUCCGCUUAGCGGUACAUUUCAAGAAAAGACUCUACGGGUUUCACCUAAAUAUGGACGAAAUCACGAUAUCAUAUAAUGCUACCUCAUUCUUCUCCUCAGUUUCCUAGAGUCUUGUAGUUAAAACUACCGGCGAUCGACUUUGUAGUCAGUAUGAGAGAUGACCAACAAGCAUGAACGAGAGCACUUGUCUGACUGUUUAAUUUCUGCCUUAAAAUCCAUUUUCCACUUAACGAAACGGUCUACGAGGAAAUCAAAUGGACUCCGAUGAGUCUCCCACUGUAUGGCUUCAUUGCUGAGACGGUCCUUGCGUAGAAAAGGACGUUGGUGUUCGCGACCCUCAGACCCAUUUUUGGGCGCGAUAUGUGGACGACACUUUUGUCGUCCUCAGUCAAGAAAUGGUCACCGAACUUCGCAGGAUAUUGAGCUUGCUUUUCCGGACAUUCAUCUCUAAACGGAGGCCAAGGUCAGCAAUCAAAUAGCGUUCCUAGACCUCUUGGUCACCGACGUAAGCCUGAAAACAUGGCUUGCCGAAAAGCCACAUAACACGUCAGCUCCUUUGUUACUAGGGUGACCACCCGUCGUGCCACAAACGUAACUGUGUGCGGACUCUAUCAAAAGACGGAAACUGACUGCAACAAAGCUGACGGCAAGGGGGCCGACCUCAGUUAUCUUUGGCGGAUUUUCACUUCCAUCGGUUACUUACUCAGUUUCGUAGAUCGCAGAAGGCAGCAAUCAUGACUAGCUUGGAACACUGCCUCGCCGGCAAUAUCUCGUAACUGAAAUCAACUCACUACAGCAGCAACCACUGAUCUGUUCGUUGGAUGAAACUGAAGAAGACAAAGAACCCCAGUUUGGCUGCAAAUACGACGGCCGCAAAGACUGAAGUGGUCACGCGAGCCCGCCACUGGUCGAUCUCGGGGAAGUCAUGACUGGCCAUCAGCAAACAUGGUCAAAAUGAGCGCGAAAGGCACGACUGUAAUACGAGACAGGCGGCACUACUGCACAAAUCUAGGCUAUCAGGAACUCCCAAAGCACCGUCCACAUGAUACAACGAGGAAUUUAUCGUUAUCGCCAGAAGAUGCUUCGAAGAUCCAUAAUUGAUGCGUACAACCGACUUCCUUACUUCUAAAGAAAUAAAAAACACAGACAGUUUUGUCCCAGCCAACCACCUGUUCAUGCGUUUGAAACGCUACAUGACACCAACACCUAUGCUUCACUUGUAUAACAUUUAGCAAAAAGAGAAACAUUCUACAAUAAAAUGGUGAUUAUUUCUGGAAAACGUUACACUAGUUCAUGCUAAGAAGGUAAUGGAGUACAGUUAGUCUAAUUCCAAUAAGUUUGACUUCCUUGCCAGAUUCAAAUCAAUCGUAAGUUUAGCAAGUCUCACGGAGGAUCUAUUCACAGUUCGCAGUAGUCUUAUGCACGCCUCAGAGAAAAAACGACAAAAGCUCUCUUCUCUAUUUUCCGAUGUUCAAAAUUAAUGGAACGUAAUGAACCUCUCCACCAGCACAGGAGACAUGACCACUAUUCCGAGCAAGAAUAAGCAUAUAGGGAAGACUUAAUUGUUAAAAAAACAAGUCAGCCUGCAAACAUCUAACUGUGGGACCUAAAAAAGCACAGAACUCAUGAAUUGAAAAACGCUUAAACGUCUUGCAUGAAGAAUGUUAACAACAGAAGUUAUCGUCAAAUCCUAAGGAGAGGAUUCACCCACAACUGCUAAGGUGUGGGAAAUACCUAACUUCAAAUAUGGGUAUUCCAUUGCUACAAAUGGUCUGCCUUAUAGACACACCAAAUCAAUAGCUGUCAAAAUGAUCAUUCCAUAAAUAAAAUUGGCUAAAAUGAAAUUUGAAAACUUUAUUGAAUCUUUAAAAGAGUUCCCAGACAAAUUAAAAGGAGUCAAAAUUACAACUGACAAGAUAAUGGUUCACUCAGUGUAGUCUCGCCCUUCAUUUCGAUUCCGCUAUAUUAAGAUAGGCCCGGCUCCAAAGAACAACUUCGUAGCUACGCUACUGAUGCGCCUCUCGACGCCUUACUUUAACUAUCAGAUUUUUGUCUAGAGGCUAACGCUUUCUCUGUUAAUCAGUGUCAUCAGUAAUGGAAAGGCGUUCCUAUUAUUUUGCCUGUAUCCGUCAUUCAAUAAUGCGUAAAUUAGAAUCUGUGGUCCUUGCUGAAUUUCACCCCACAUUAUAACUGCGCAAUUUGGAUAAUAAAUUUGCACUCUUUGGGGAAAAUUUGUCAGAUCUUCUCCACACGGAUCCUUAUUCUACAUAUCCAAGAAUCGAGUUUACUUCCGAAGUGAAAGUAACUAAGUAACUCCCGGUUCUGAACGCUCAUUUGACUCAGAAAGUCGAUGGAUCAUUGCACACAUCCGUGUAACGCAAUGAGACAUAUUCAAAGGUUAUCCUUCAUUUUAAAAAUAACCACUUCAUCCUUCGCAUAAGGGGUUUUAUCUACAGCCUGCCAAAUCGAGCCAAAACAAAAAACACAGAUGAAUCAAAUUUCCAAAAAGAAAUUCAGUGCCUCUUCGAAUCACUUUUCCAUAAUAGGCAACCUUGUGACAUUGCCUGUGACUGCAUAAGGGGUAAGAGGUUUGAAAAUAAGAGUACUUUGAAUGUUAGGACUGCAUAAGCACUAAAGCAAUCAACCUGAAAAGCUUUCAUAUGUAAAUAAUGUAUCUGCGGUUAUCGAGACACAGUUAAAUUAACACUAGAUAUAAGUAGGACUCCAGCCGAAAACUGCCAUGUGCGCACAGCUUUCAAACCCUACGUACAGGGAGUACAGCCUUAAUAGAAGAUUAUUGUCUACGAUAUCUCGUUUUUCAGCCACUCUGCCGUCUAUGAUAGUUAAAAUGCUGUGACGUGUUUCAACCCAUAUACUCGAACACAAAUGACCGAUUACGAGAUGAGACAAUUUACCCCAGGUGGACAUGGGCAGAGUGUACACUGAGUAAACAUUUGCGUGGAGAGCAUUCAACUGUUGGAGCUUGCCCAAUAAUGGAAGAGCGUGAAUUCCUGAAGGCAAUGCACUGAGAUAAAGCAUACAUUAUACGAUAUAUCGAUUUGAAUGGAAACCAGUGCCGCCCGUGUUGAUGAAAUUCGGAAAUACCGCUACCGAGCAUAGGGACAGGCUACAGCCAACCGCAGAAUCAUUUGUUAAAGAUGGUUAAAUAAUAUCCUCUUUGUGUACAUAACCCAUAGGUCUGAUGGCAAACUGAGGAAAAAGUCUCGCAAAUUUACGCAAUAAAGCUAUUCUGGUUCCAAAUAAUUUCGUUUUUUCUGAUUAAAUAUCUUGAGAUGUGGGUAUUAUAAUGCAUAUCUGUACAUACUGAACCAAUACAUUCCUGGGAUUUCGACGGAAGAAAUUCGCUUUAAUUGCAGUAGCAUCGUACAGUAGCGAAAGCGUUGGCGAAACGUGUCGAAUAUAUUAUACAACUAUUAGCACUAGUUGUUUACUUAGUGAGUGGCAUAUGACGAUUGGCAAAGACUAAUUGCUGUUCACCCCAACGAGUAUUAUGGUUUAGAAGCUAGUCCUGAAAGGUACGUCCACGUCAAUUAACCAGAGAUCCUUCUCUGGAUAACCUGUGAAAUCGCAAGCUUCGUAAUUCCCCGAGUUUAAUUUAUCAGAUAUCGCAUCCAAAACAAUGAGGACGCAUUUUCUUCGCAGAUAUGUCCACAGAAGCGAAAACACCAGUAAAACACGCCUUUGGGGAUAUUAGUCAGAAUUUAUAUGAGAUUUAUGCUAAAACCACUUUCAUGUAUCUACAUUUUUAUACAUUAUUUUGAAUUAAUAUUCACUGGGGGUUUACGGGGCAUGCUUGUCUCUUGUACAUUCGAAGUCAUUCUGUUGCCGAGUCGGCAGUCACAUAGCAAUCGCAAGCAGAUAGCGAAUAGGAGUGCCGACGAAGUUAAGGGAGACUGUGAUUGUCAUUUCAGGCUACGUAACCCUUGUCAACCAACAUUACUCCACUCUAGAACUUCCGACCAAGGAUUCGAACCCUCAUUCUUUUGUCAUUUGAGCGUUUGUAAGCCCACUGUCCUACAUUUGGGCUGCAUGUCCUUUGUUCUGUCGGAUCCUGUCGGGGCUACUUAUUAUUAUUGAAGGUUUCCCCAUCGUCAAGCAGACGUGACGUGCUCGUACAACGGUGCCUACCAUGACAACUAAUGUUUCCGAUCUCAACCGACGAGACCCACACAUUAAAGACAGAUCGGUAGACAAUAUAGCGCUAAGUGGCCGAAGAGUCCACUGUCGAAUCCAAGAAACUGCAAGUUUGGAGUUCGGUGAGGUUAGCAGACGGCUGAAAAUAGGUCUGAAAUGAACAUUCAGACUCCUCUGUCUUUGUCGGUUCUCCUCAAUUUUUACCAUUGAUUACGGAGAUGUAAUAGAAUGUGAAGUCUCAGCAAUGAGUAUACUGAGCAACGGGACUGGCGAGAUCCGCUAACUUCAUGCCUGUAAUUAUGGUGCAAAAAAAAUCAAAAGUGGUUUAAUGUUCAAACCAUGUAUUUUAGAAAAUGUCAAUGGUUGGCACAAAAUACAAUUAAGAAAAGAAACGUGUCUAUUUGCAUAACAAUUUCCUCCUAUUAAUGACAACGCUUAUCAAGGCAAAACCCACUAUUACAGAAUGCAACUGAGUCAAAAGCUACACAGAAUUUUGCAGAGCGUAAAAAGCAUUACAAUGGGGCCUUCCAAGAAUUUGUGAAAUAAAGUUUGACCUCCUGCUUAUGUUAAAAAAUCGAGAUGUCACUCCCAAAACGUUAUUUUAGAUACUGAGAGACCGACUGAUGUAAAGGCUGAAGCCAUCAGUUCCGAGAGUAUCCAGGUCACAUGGAAAGCGCCCAGUUACAAACUAUCAAAUGAAAGCGGCUACAGACUGCACAUUAUUGGCCAGGACUUCAACGAUACAGCCGUAGUUGGAAGAGAUACACUCACGCACACAUUCUUCGGAUUGAAACCCUCCACGGAGUACGCCGUCUACGUGCAGGUUAACGACAGCGUGAGGGGAGUGCCCCGACCGACGGGAAACAGUUCGGCAAAAACCUGGCCAGAGGGUAAGUUGGCAUGCCCUUCUCAAAAGAAUAACUUUUCGUGAUGUAGUGAAACAGUUAAGGAUACCACACGUGGUUAUAUGGCCCCAUAAUAAACAGACAGAAAACAAUGACAUUCUGUGAAGUGAAUUAGUUGAAUUUAAUUUGCUGGUAUCUGGUUUUUUCGAGCAGCCAAAUGGGUCAACGGUGCUAUGACUAAUAUUUGUCUGUGGGAAGCAUGACAAGGGUGUGCCUAGAGGCAAAUCGAGUUAAACUAGACAACUUUGCAGAAACGUUUUCGGAGUAAAUCGCGUUAGCUUCCAUGUUUCCAACAGCAGACCAUCCAAUUACGUUAAAAAUGUGAAAGCGGGAGAGUUUUUAGAACUGGCAUCCAAAAUGUUUCACCUCCUCAUCGAUGUCCGUUUGACUACGUUCUUCACACGUAGUAUAUCAAAAACGCUAUACUUCAGAAUGAAAAUAUCUUUGUGAGGUUAAUGGCUGCAACGAGUGAACGGUAGGUGGUAAAACUGAAAAGGCGGUCACAUAUAGAUCACCACAGUGAAGGGCUGUACUGCGUUAGGUCUGUUCUGAAUCACAAUAUGUACUUAUGCAUGAACGACAACCCUUUUUAAACACCUGAUAUAGGUCUGGGCUACCGAGUCAACCGCACCCAAGACAGAUUGCCUAGGAUUUUAUAGACAUUGAAGUCCCUUCAAUACGGGAUGGUAAUUAAGCAGUCUUUUUUUCGCACAAAUACUUUUUAAGAGUUUGCAUAAGCAAGAAGCUAGGAGUGAAUGUGAUGACACGCCGAGUGUCAGGCAGGGGAGAUUAUUUGAAUGAAAAUUGGCAUACUGAAAAAACCUGGUUGUGAGUUACAAAGAUAAAGAAAAGUGCAUCACAAAGUCAUCGAAUUCUCACGUCAUCAGCAAAUUAAAUGGUGGCCGAUGUUUUGGUCCCUUUAGCUAUUAUCCUGCUCACAUUUUUAGACGCACCUCCCGCAUAUGGUGAAUAGCAUGAAGAGCUUUGUGGUUAACUGUACAGGGUAAACGUGCAUUCUGUUCUUGCUAAACACUUAGCCAAUUUAUCUUUCGAAGUCAUCGUUAAAACUCCAUGAACCUUAACCUAAAGUUUUCCAUUUGUUACGAAUAGCAGAGUCCUCUAGUGCUGAAGCCCUUUAUGCGACUAAUUUUUGGAUAAGUGAGUUUUAACUUAGCACGCUUACUGACUCAUACAGUUUUGCACUUUACCACUGCAAACUUAAUUUUCCUCUUUCUCUUGCAUUAAUCAUUUAAAGCAGCGGAAAAGGUACAGAACCUCCAUCUGGCUGCAGAGGACGCUAGAUCUGCGCAAGCAGUCUGGCAACCGCCAACAUCAGCGCAUGGCGCUGCAGAGUCCUACGGAGUUUGCGUGCAGAACAAACACACGGGGGUAAAACAAGGGUAUGUAUUUUCUCAGCCUACGGCCGCCUUCAUCAACUUGCAUCCCUCCACAACGUACAAAAUAACCGUCUCUGUUCGAAACGAAAAUCCCCGUGGAAGGCUCAGUAGGUGCGGACCGAAGGUUUCGGGCGAAGUAUCAACUCUGCCCCUAGGUGAGGAGACCACCUCUCAUUUUUAUUGUACUUCCCGCAAAAUUAAUAUUUUGCGCUCAGUUUGGCAUCUGGCGCUUGCUGCACAGAUUACACUGUUUAAUUGGGGAUCCGAAAAUACCUGUCCAGAACCCAAGCAUCAAUGAUAAUAGCAGGACCGUGUUUUUUCGACCUUUAGCUCACUUAGCUACGGUUGGGAAAUGAUCAGUAAGGGCCAGAUUGUCUGUCGGAAAGACGCCCGGUAUCAUAAGCAUACGUCGUGAGAAGCCAUCGGUAGUGUCCUUCAGCUCCAUGCAUACGAAUAAAGCAUGCAGUUGUUGCCUGGCUGUGGACAGCUUGCUGUCAAACCGUGAAUCAACAAAUGGAGAGAUGAAAUUUGAACAGCAGUACCAUGGAGAACGAAGUCGAGACUGAGAAAUUCGUCCAAUCACUGAAUUUCCUAUAAAUGCAACAUUCAGGAUAGUACACAUGAUAUCUGACUGCCUCCGUUGCUGGAGAGAACUACGAUUGAUGAAUUAUGGCAAUGUUAUGAAGAGGUUGCGGAUGAGCGUACUAGCUAAAAGGGCGAGCCCCAGACAAUAUUUUUUGGGAAGUAGAUACGAUUGCUGGAACAGGUAGAGGAAGGAAGGAGGGAAUAAGGGGUAUAUGGGCAUCGUUGCGCGGGUUGAGCGAUACAGUGGCAUACUGAGAUGACCUGAAAAGGUCGAAGAUACCGAGAGAUCGGACAGAGUACACGUGCACACCAAAUUAACAAUGAAAGGCUGCAUAAAACAUGUAAAAGUGUUCUAUAAAUUUGGCAGGAAUGUCGCUGGGGCAGAAAGCGAGUGCUAUUGCCCUUUCUCCUCUAAGCGAAAUGCAAGGCGGAACGCAACUCCGGCAACGGGACCUCUGGUUUUACUCUAAGGAGUUAGAAUACAAACAGGAUUACUGAGCUGUGUAGGAUUAGCCCUUGCGUCAUUCUGGAAAAGAGUUGAUCAGCUUCUUAGUUUACUAUAAAAAUAAAUGGUCAUCCCAGUGUCAUUUGAGUGGUAGUAUUUAUUUCCAUCCACUACGGAUGCCAAAAUUUUAAGGGAACCGGAAAAGUUGUGAUUUGAAUUGUUGCUGCAAUUUCUUUAUUGAUUUUGAGGACUAGCUUUCCAAACUGACACUGUAAGCAUCGCCGUGUCCAGCCACAGUUUCAAAACCGCGACUCACGAUAUCCCAUCUAACAAAGAUUUCAUUCAUUCUAUUUAAACGUGUUGCCGGGCACCUCAACUCGAGAGCUGGAGCCAGUUCUCUUCAUUUAUACUGACUGGUCAAUCAUUCACGUGCAGAGUUGUCCUCCAAUGCCGCAGACGUAGUUACCUUGCCCACAGUUGCACCAAUUCGGGCAAACAAGUGAAACUCCAAGCGCCGGAAAUCUAUAUCCAUUCUCGCCGGUGAAAGCGUCUGUAUCUAGUUUUUUGUUGCUCAACACGCCAUUGGAUAUAAUUAUCUGGGCAGGAUAAUACUGCCAAACGUAAAGACGAAUAAGGGCAUUGACGAAGGGGUUUGCUAAGGACGCCAAGAGGGUGGCAUUAACGCACUUAGUGUUAGUGGGAAUCGAUAUUGGUGACCAGAGACGUUCUGAUGAACGAGGAUUCACUAUCUUUGCUACAUGAUGACCAUGGCGGUUAACCUGAACCGAAAUGAGAAGGCUAAAGAGUUGCGGGCCGGUUGAUGAAUCAACCUACGAGCAGUCGAUUUCGCGGACAGCUAAGUAAAAUGCCGUAAAGUACAAACGCAUAUACUUCCACCAAUUUAGCUCAUGUGCGAAUUUUCCGGCUCUACUGGACAUCAUAGACAUUGGAAUAAAGAUCUUUAAAGGACUUUUAGAAGUGUGUCUUGCGAAGUUUGGUGAUAAGGUAACGGCGGCGGAUGUGCCAAUGAUCUGAGGCAAAAAAAGAAAUGUUACAAAAACCCACAUUAAUUAGGUAAGGCUGAUCCCAUUAUGGACGAAAGUAUCUAUAUCAUAUUUUCGCCAGCCCUGAUUUGCAGAAAUGGGGGUGGCAAAGAUAGCCUCGUCGAAAAUAUUCUGAUAUGAUCUUUUGCCUGGAUGAACCCGGUUUUUGGCAGCAGAUAAGUGAGAUGUGACGCCGGGGCCUUUUGCAAAAUUGUUGCGGUGCAAGCGCGUGGCUCCUGUACGCGAUGGAGGUAUAAGUGAGGUCUGAUCUGCAGGAUCAAAUAGGGCAGGAGAUUUUUCAUGUUGAUAAAAGUGUUCUCUGUCUAACAUACGAAUCUCUAGUCUGGACUGGCAUCCACGAUCGACCACUCAGGCACGGGAACGAGAUUAAGUAGAAACUGAUGAAGUCGACUGCAUGAUAGAUCUGUACAGUCGAAAAAGGGCCAAACAUGAGUGCUGAAAUACUAAAUAAUAUUCAAAUAGGAGUGUGCCUUGCCCGCAUAGAGGUAAAGUUUGCGAUAAGUCAUAAAAUAUUAAAGUAAAAUUGGAGAAAAUAGUGAAUUACGAAAUAAACAGCCGGAGAAGGAGGAGACAGAAGCUGCCUGUCUUGCAAUAGAGUGCGCCAACUAACAUUUGUAUAUAGAGCCGGGUUGCAGUUGCUUGUAUGUUUCAAAUUCAACCACCGAAAGGUUCCUUUAUAGGUUAAGGCUGAAGGCCAAGGCAUCAACUGCCCUUACGUCGCUGGCUUAAGUCACUCAAUACAUAGUAACGUUUCCGUCUGAGACAUUCAUUUGUGGUUAGGCGUCUGGCCUGUUAGACGGCGGACUCCGGCUUGCGAUUGAACUGGCAUGGGGGUAAUCCUAUUCCCUUUGUCAAUUCAAAUGGCGAAAUAGUCAACGUCUCAAGCAAGCUUAUUUUGGUUUCUGCGGUAUUCCUCACGCAAAAUGCCAUCACACCGCAAAUAUGCAUAAAAAUGUACAACAGAAGCUGAUUUAUUCCUGAGUUCCAGAUAACCUUCAUGAUUACCACAGAAUACAAUUAAGAAAAGCGACGUGUCUUCAGAUAUUCUGGGAAUUGUAAAACUAGAAUUCCGUCCUAUGCAUGAUGACGGCUGCUAAGGCGGUGAGCACUAAUAAAUGAUACAGCAAGAAGUUGACUUAAAAGCUGCACAGAAUUGUGAAAGACAUUGAAACCCAUCAUGAAAUAUCCUACCAAGUAUUGGUGAAACUGUUAUGGAGAGUGAAAGCGGCGUAGAGCCGUGGCCUAAGGCGCUAAACAAGGAACCAAGCCGGCGACGUGAAUCACGCGUGAAGUUAGGCGACAGACAGGCGCGCACUGCAGCGCCGAGCACGCGUGGUGGCUUCGCUCACGUGUGCGGCCCAAUCAAUGGGUGGUCGAACAUUCCAGACGUUUCCGCGGUGGGGGGGGGGAGGUUCUAUCGCGCACGCGGUGGCCAAUCAGCGAACAGCACGCUCGGGGCAAGAACAUUCUAGAACGUCCUCAACGGCUGGCACGUCAUUGGACGGAAUGUUCCAGAACGCACGAGAACCCAUAUAAAUAGCACACCUUUCUUAGGAGUUGUAACCCCCCGUGUCCGCAAGUUACCAAUAAAGCGUUUGUCCUCUUCCUGUCUUACCUUCCUUCCGGGUCAUAACAAAACGAAACACGAUAGCCUGUUGAUGGUGACAAAUGAAAACAUCUACUUGAAAUCUUUUUUUAGAAAUUGAGAGACCGACUGAUGUAAAGGCUGAAGCCAUCAGUUCCGAGAGUAUCCAGGUCACAUGGAAAGCGCCCAGUUACAAACUAUCAAAUGAAAGCGGCUACAGACUGCACAUUAUUGGCCAGGACUUCAACGAUACAGCCGUAGUUGGAAGAGAUACACUCACGCACACAUUCUUCGGAUUGAAACCCUCCACGGAGUACGCCGUCUACGUGCAGGUUAACGACAGCGUGAGGGGAGUGCCCCGACCGACGGGAAACAGUUCGGCAAAAACCUGGCCAGAGGGUAAGUUGGCAUGCCCUUGUCAAGUUGGUCACCUGUGAGUGUUAGUGAGGGAUGUUUUUCAAACACUAAAACAAAUGGAGGGAAGCCGAGGGGAAAGACAGACGGAAGUAAGGUUUGCGAAUAUGAUUAAAUUAAUUGUAGUUUUUGAUCCUAUUUCUUACUGAAAUGACAAAGUGACAUGGCGAUUUGCGAUUGUUCGGCCAGAAAGCAAAGGUGUGGCGACAUGGACGUCACUUGACCCAAGCGACUUUGCAAAAAGAAGUUGGCUUGCCUCUUAAAUUUCAUCCAGAAGAGUGGUCACUCCUCCAACAUGAAUUCCUCUCGAAUAUAUCCUAUCGACUCAACUGCGUCACAUUGUUGUUUACUUAAUUUAUUGCGAGCAAUGAUAGGGCUAACCUAUGUCUCCUCGAGACCAAGCUCAAUUCACGCCCUAUAUUCGGUUGCUGCAAAUGAUAAUUUGAAGUCAAGUGCCGUGAGAAUUAGUCGACAGUUAGUCGACCAGCAAGAUAUGACUGAAGGUGAGGGUGACGGAGCGCACAGUUUCGUUUUAUAAAUGUUGCCUUUUUUAACCAACAGAAAGUGGAGAUUUAACAAAGUUAAUGCACCUAAGACAGCAAUAAUCUGCAUGUAAACAUUCCACUUUCUACUAAAAUUCAGAUUCCCAUUCGUUGAAGUCGAUCUGCAUCAUUUAAACAAUUAACGGAAAUAGUUUAUCGUAGACAAGAAAGACAUCGUUUUCCGAGACUAUAUAAAUAAAUUAUUGAUAUGUGAUUUUGAUAUUUGCGCUUUCAGCUCGGCAAGCCUGUGGAAAACGAACUCUUGCUCCUGCCGUGUGGUCUGUUCUCCAGUCGACUAGACAUGAAGCCAAUCAACAUAGCUGGCCAUGGACUGUAAGAUCGAUUUUUAAGACUUAUAUUUUCAAUUUCUCAUUUAAUCAUUUUGGGCGCAUAGCGUUUGUAACGUUUCACGUGAUUUAAAAUCAAAAGUCAGCAUAAUAGUACUCGUAAGCAGGUCGCUAAUUGUUUUAGUCAAAAUCCAGCAACUGCUCCCUUUGGCUUUUACAUGACUUUCUAUCACUUGCUAUAUUAUUUUGUAUCUCUUUACAAAUAUGUAGGUCGGACUUUACACCAGUACCAGAGGAGGGUACCCGUACUGCGGAGGGACUCUGGUUGCUCCUCGGUGGAUCGUUACCGCUGCCCAUUGUGUUGAAAUGGCUAUGAACUGUACUACUGCGCCUGUUGGAAAACUGUUCUCCUACAAAGCCCUCACAAACGCAACUCUGUUUGCCCGAGUUGGUGACCAUGAUUUAAGAAAAACAGAAAGAUCUGAAAAGGAUCGCCUUGUUCAGAGCGUGAUAGUGCAUCCUCAGUACCAAGUGCAUUCAGGAAACAGUGAACAUGAUGUUGCCCUACUGCGACUGGAAAAAUCUGUCGACCCAGGUAGUUGCAGUGGUCUUGCAUUUCAUGCAUGCCUAUCCACUUUUUACAAUGUUUGGCCAUCGCACCGGCUCACUCUGUAGAUGCUGUAGACGACAAUGGCACUCGCUACUCAGGUUGUGCAGAGUGCACUUUUGGCGCGGUCACCCGUCCAGACGUAGGCCUCCGCGUUGCACUGGCCGCUGUUCUCAACCACGAAAUCAGAUGGCUGACAGUCUCAGACAGUUGACCGGUCCACCGAAAAGUAAAUGGCGAAUCAGGCUGAUAUAAAGAAAUAUGUCGCCGCGGCAUAUCAGCUUAUUCCUCACUAUAGUAAAUCUUUUGCUUUUACAUCCACCACGACAGCCUACAAGGCGUGGUGUGGGUAUUGUCGUCUGACGGGAUAACUCAACCCUGUUUCGGACUGAGGGCUACGUUGCCAUUGCUUCAUCUUUAUGAGGUUUCUGUGGCAUUCGGGUAUGUGCGAGUUCUGAGUCACAUUCAUGAAAGCCUGGCACACGUAGCGGGUACGGAGCGUGUGUAGUAAGCAAAAACCGUUUUCUUAACUCUGCCAGAUGCUCUGCUGAACUCACCUUCAGUCGCCCGGACACUCUUUUCCCAUCGGAGCUAGGUGAAUGAGGAAGAUAAAGUGCAGUUGCAUGUCUUUUUCCGUAGUUUUGCUUAGCGCAUAGCUAUAAGCGAGCAAGGACUCAUAAUCUCUCAUAGCUGCCUGUUGGCAUCGGCCGUUGAGAAGUAGUCUAUGGAAUAAGUAUUAAAUAUUUAUUGUCGUCUGAUACUUAUCAGAAUUCAUCGGCAGCAAAAUCGAGAUGUAGACGAGUAUACAGUCCUACUUUGUCCGAUUGGCCAGCGUAAAUGUUUCGGAGAUUGUCCUUUUGCCUGUGACACGCGCUUACGUCAAAUCGUGUAAUUUCCAUACCAUUUUUCUGAUUCGUGCUAGACAUCGGCACGAUUCUUUUUGUCUAGGGCCUUCGUCAUAACCAAGAAUAUCGUAUAGAUGGCCGCAUUCUUUAGUAACGUUUUGCAGCUAGCGGUGGGCAAGACCAGGUUCAUGAUUCGAUUGUAUCCUCCUAGUCUGCAUCGUGCUCCAGAAGGGAGUCUAUUCGUUUGAGGGGUAAUUACGCGGCUACGUGCGACUCAGCAAAUAGUUUGCCUGCAUCGUUGAAUCAAAAGUUGCUCCGGUGGUUGUCAUAGACUUACAGGUUCCAUUUGUGCCUAUAUUUACGUACAAAUGUGUCAUUCCUAAAGUCGUGGGAGAUAUACCUAUGUAUCUACAUUUUCCGGAGGAAUGGAGCAGCCCAGUCUAUUAGUCGGGACUCUCGACAAUUGCAAAUUUCGGCUAAUAUUGUGUUAGCCAGACAAUUGUUGCGUUGGUUUUUUUUAAAUUUAAAGAUGGAUAACGAUAGAGUCAGGGACGGGUUUGUACUUUUAAAAGUUGGUUAAUGGUGUCUUGUCGUAUUUUGGAGGGGCUUUUAACUACUGGUUUUUGGUCGGAACAGUGCUUCAGGACCUGCUAAUUGUUCUAUAGUGGCUUCGCACAACAUAAAAGACUAAUUUGGCGGUCGAGAGAAAAUUCGUGAUUUCAGUACAUCCGCUUUUCGAGUUAGGCCAUCUUUCUGCAGUUUCUUUAGCCGUCGUUGUUGUGGGCUUUGGCAGCGGAUAUAUUGCUUUACUGACCCUGGUCCCUUCGUUGGCACAAACAGACUUUUUUUCUUGAAUAAUAAGCAUCUGAUCUCAUCGUGGAUAUUGUCAUAUUAGUUCUGGUGUUUUAAUUGUGCACUGUCGGCGACUUUUUGUAUGGCGGCCUGAAGGACUUUUAUCAGGUCUUUCCACUGAGAACAUGGGCGACAUCUUCUUCCAAGUCUUCUAAUUUUUCCAGUUUGAAAUUUAUGUGACUUUGGUUUUUAACAAACCGGAAGGUCGCAUUAAUUGCAGACGCCGACCGUUUGAAGCUGCGACCUCAUCCUGUAGAGAACAAGGCGUACAUCCUUCUGGCAUUCUGCAACACAAUGCUCUUUUUGGACCUCCAAACGUAAAUUAAAUUCAGCUGUCGCCAACGAUACGAGAGAAGACAUAUCCACGUAGUCUUCUUCGGCAUUGUAAGGCGAAAGAAUGUCUCUUAAGUGUAAGCCUGCAGGAAGACAAAACCUUGCUGAGGCACAUGCCGACCAGGUGGCGACCCAGCACUUCACCCUGGAUGUGGAGUUAUGUGCCGGCGCGGACAUAGAAGGCAUUGGUAGCAAUCGAGAGCAGUUGUCUGUUUGCGGCACAGCCGCCAUCAGGGCGGGCAGAUCUUCAGCGAACGCGCUCUUCACGUCACCAGAGCUGGUCAACAAACCGAGUGGGGCCUAGGUGCUGAGUUCGUGACGAAAGUCCAACACCCUCGCAGCCAUGAGCCGGUCUUUCAGUAAUUGUGGGAUGCAGGGCUGCCGUCGCACGGCAUAAUUAGUAAUGAUGAAAGCAACUCUGGCUUAAGUCGCCCGCAUUUGGACGUCCGCUGCGAAAGGUUUAUCCGACCUUCAAUUGCCCCAGACUAACCGGUCUGGAGAAAGAGCUCAUACUGUCAGCCGCAGUGCCCAGUUUGUGACCAGAUGGUUUCGAAUAAUAUGAACGGUCUUUAUUUCGAGCAAGUUGGCCAUUCGAUUGUCUAGAGGAGAGCCAACAUUCGAGGGCGCCAGAGUAAGCAGCCAUCCGUUCAACGUGGCAGUGGUGUGUUAUACCAUCGGUUAAUGAGGCACGCUUUCUAGCCCCAUGAUUUGAUAAGUAGCACCACCCCAAAACAGGGCUGCUCAGUCAUCUUUGGUGUCUGCCGUAUUGCACUGUGGGUCUCGAAUUUUGUGUAGUGGGAAAACCUCUCGAAUAAGCCUGAAUCGCUUAAGAAGUUCAUGUCUACAUCUACGAAACACUUAUUGUUUAAGUGGUGCAGACUUGUUCAGAGACGACGGGGUACGGAGGCGUAUAAACGCUUAAUGCUUUCACCCUGAUUUAAGUCGCUGAUCAACAUGGGGCAUCGGGAUGCCGUUGUUGUUCUGGGUACGACUUUUCAGGACCCCGUGUAAGAAUGGACGUUCAUGGUGGAGAAGUGAUAAAGGAUCCAUCAUGUUUGCCGAUGGGUUCUUUGUGAACAAUCGUUGUACUUUUUGCAAGUAAUUGGUAAGAACGUGAGAACGCCUAGUCUAUCCGGCCUCCUUAUAGUGGACGAUUUUGUAGCUACACAUCCGGCAUUUUGCGGCAGUGUAACUUCAUUGCUGACCUUUCGUGCCAGGGCCCUCCAAACGUAUUCACCAACUGGGGGUAGUGGAAGAGAUGCGACUGUGGUUCCCAUGCACGUCACUCUGCACACAGCAAAAAUGUUAUGAUUAGCCAACAUUACAUUAUAGUUGCACUAAUGACCUGAGAAUGGAAAGAUUUUGAAUCAAUGAACAGGCGUUAGUUAAAUUCCGUAAAAGAUGAAGUUGAAUUCAUCAACGCUGGUCGAAAUGUUUUUUACAUUUCAAAAAUUUAAAACCUGAAAACGCGUUUUUAGCUCGCUGACGGGACAAUUUAUUAUUCUUUUAGGGAAGGAGGUCGAUUUUAUUUGUCUUCCAGGAAACGAAUCGGAUAUUCCUGAUUCCAAAGAAUGCAAAUUUGCAGGCUGGGGUUCAGGUAAUCGAUUACGAACGCUGGGGUAUCGAAAUUCACCUGUUCUAAUGGAAAGCAAAGUAAAGAUUGAAUCUGGAGAACAUUGCAAAUUGGGAGCGGAAGGAGCCAAUCACGACGGACAAGCUUGCCUUGAAACGCGAACUGGCGUAAGUUCUUAUUGCGAUAUGGCUUAUCAAUAUAAACUUAAUUGUCCGUCAAUUGCAUUAUUUGGCUAACUCACGGGACUCAAGUUGGAGUUCCAACCGGAGGUCAAGUAAUCGAUAACAUCGAUGAAAAGUAUAGCGUCGACAUGUAGGUAAUUGACGGCCUAUUUACGCGUCAGCCAAUCAAGUGCAAUUUAUUGGUUCGACUUAAAUAAAAGGUAAAGUGUGACAAGUUAAUUAGAGAUGGUCAUCAAACUUCCGUUUAAUCUUUUCUAAAGGCACUUAUUGUCUCAUUUUUUAUCUUCAAUGUUCUUUUCAGACUCCCUGUUUUGGCGACUCCGGCGCUGGUGUUUACUGCCCCAAUGAUCAGGGAAAAUGGUUUCUAUAUGGAAUCAUCAACAGAGGAAACUUCCUCUGCGUAGGCCAGUAUGCCACAAGCACAAAGAUACUUCCCCAUGCUGGAUGGAUCAAGGAGGUGAUAGCGGCCAAUGUGGUUCAAUGA